UUGUCUGGACUUCAUCAACUAUCCUGCAAUAGCAAAGAACAUAGAUGUUGCCUUCAUUUACAGUUUUUUUUUUUUUCCUCCUAGAGAUGGCAAAUCCUGAGGUUGUUAUAAGUAGCUGCAGCUCUCAUGAAGAAGAAAAUCGCUGCACUUUUAACCAGCAUACGUCUCCCCCUGAGGAGCUUCUAUUAGAAGACCAGAUGAGGCGAAAACUCAAAUUUUUUUUCAUGAAUCCUUGUGAGAAGUUCUGGGCUCGAGGUAGAAAACCGUGGAAACUUGCCAUACAAAUUCUAAAAAUGGCAAUGGUAACCAUCCAGCUGAUCUUUUUUGGGCUAAGUAACCAGAUGGUGGUAGCUUUCAAGGAAGAGAACACUAUUGCAUUCAAACACCUCUUCCUAAAAGGAUAUAUAGACCGAAUGGAUGACACAUAUGCAGUGUAUACACAAAGUGAUGUAUACGAUCAGAUCCUCUUCGCAGUGAACCAGUACUUGCAGCUACGCAACAUCUCAGUUGGGAAUCACGCUUAUGAGAACAAGGGCACGGAGCAGUCAGCCAUGGCCAUCUGUCAGCACUUCUACAAGCAAGGAAACAUCUGUCCUGGAAAUGAUACCUUUGACAUUGAUCCAGAAAUUGAAACUGAAUGUUUCUUUGUGGCACCAGAUGAACCUUUUCACGUUGGAACACUAGAAGAAAAACUCAAGUUACUGCUGGACUUUCACAGACUCAUAACAGUGGAUCUGCAGUUUAAAUUGAAGGCCAUUAAUCUGCAGACUAUUCGUCAUCACGAGCUCCCGGAUUGUUACGACUUUACUCUGACUAUAACAUUUGACAACAAAGCCCACAGUGGAAGAAUUAAGAUAAGUUUAGAUAAUGACAUUUCCAUCAGAGAAUGUAAAGACUGGCACGUAUCUGGAUCAAUUCAGAAGAACACUCAUUACAUGAUGAUCUUUGAUGCCUUCGUUAUUCUGAUAUGCCUGGCUUCGUUAAUCCUGUGUGUUCGAUCUGUGGUGAAAGGACUUCAGCUUCAGCAGGAAUUUGUCAAUUUUUUCCUCCUCCAUUAUAAGAAGGAAGUUUCUGUUUCUGAUCGAAUGGAAUUUGUCAAUGGAUGGUAUAUUAUGAUUAUUAUUAGUGACAUAUUAACCAUUACUGGAUCAAUUCUGAAAAUGGAAAUCCAAGCUAAGAGUCUGACAAGUUAUGAUGUCUGUAGCAUACUUCUUGGUACCUCUACCAUGCUCGUGUGGCUAGGAGUCAUCCGAUACCUUGGUUUCUUUCAGAAAUACAAUCUCCUCAUUCUCACCCUUCAGGCAGCGCUGCCCAACGUCAUCAGGUUCUGCUGCUGUGCAGCUAUGAUUUACUUAGGCUAUUGCUUCUGUGGAUGGAUUGUACUGGGGCCUUACCAUGAUAAGUUCCGUUCUCUGAACAUGGUCUCUGAGUGCCUUUUCUCGCUGAUAAACGGAGAUGAUAUGUUUGCCACAUUUGCAAACAUGCAGCAGAAGAGUUACUUGGUCUGGCUCUUUAGCAGGAUUUACCUCUACUCAUUCAUCAGCCUCUUUAUAUACAUGAUUUUAAGUCUUUUUAUUGCACUGAUCACUGAUACGUAUGAAACAAUUAAGCAUUACCAACAAGAUGGCUUCCCUGAGACUGAACUUCGUGUAUUUAUAUCAGAGUGCAAAGAUCUGCCCAAUUCUGGAAAGUACAGAUUAGAAGAAGAGCCUGCAGUCUCUAUAUUCUGCUGUUGUAAAAAGUAGCUAUUAGGCUAAUCUAUGCCCUGGAGGGAACUAUAAUGUGUAGCUGAGUUGGGAGACAAAAUGGAUAUUUUAAGAUCAGAUGUAGUAUGUUUGAAGACUAUUAUUUUGAGCAAAUUGAUGGCUGUAAUUCAUCAAGAACUGUGUUUAUAUUUUAAAGCAAUAUUUAAUGUCUUUGCAGCUUUAGGCUGGGCUUAUUUUUUUUUGUAAACCUAACUUUGAUGAGGGAAACUGUUGGAUUCUUGUCCUGUUUAUUUUUGCCAUAGCUUUAGAAUGUGUUUUCCAUACCCUUCUCUACUCUUGCUUCCAGUUAUUCUGACUGUGUCAUCAGUGGAAACCAUGCCUGAACUGACCUCAGACAACUCACCAACCCUGGCCUGGACCAUUCUCAGGGGCUGUCCUUGAGAGAGAGGAUGAUUGCUGUAUAUCCAGUAAUCAUUGCAUUUUAAAAUCUCUUAAAGGAAAGAAUAAGAAAGAAAAAAACAUCACCAGCUAACAGUCUUGUAUUUG